AGCAGCCUUAAAUCAUCAGAGACUCAAACAUGAACGCCCGUCACUCUCUGAUCUGCUUCUUCUUCCUCACACUGCGGGAUGGAAACAGUGGGCUCACCAAUGCACAGAACCCCCUCCGUACAGAAACUGAAGGAGGAAACAUCACAGUUGCAUGCUCCUUUUCUUUCUCUGGAGGAAGGAAGAUGUUCUGUAAGGGAAAAUGUGAAGAAGGAAACAUUCUGGUAGAAACGACCGGAGACUCAGCUCAGAGAGGCCGAUACAGCAUCAGAUAUGUGGAAGGGUCUGUAUUAUCUAACGCAAUUCUGUAUGUGAGCAUCACAAAGCUGACUAAGUCUGACCCAGGAUUGCACCAAUGUGGUCUGGACAGAUCUUAUCUGCUCCCUGACUCAUACCAGGACUUUGAGAUCAGAGUUACAGAUGCUCCAACAUCUUCAAAACCAGAAGUGACUCCCCGACCUUUUCCAACAUCAGCCCCAUCAGCCUCCACACUGACCACCACUCAGAGUCUGAGCUCCGUACCUUCCUCAGCCUCCCCUGAAUCCACCACGCAGAGUCUGAGCUCCGUACCUUCCUCAGCCUCCCCUGAACGCACCACGCAGCCUCAACCGGGACAGACAGCUCCAGCUGGCCACGAUGUGGUGCUGUACGUUGGUCUGAUUCUGCUCGCCAUGUUCAUCGUAUUAUCGGUUGCGUUGCUGAUAUUCUGCAGGAAGAGAGCCAGGAAAGAACCUCCUGUGGAAACUGAGUAUGUUUCUGAUGCAGAGAAUAACCAACUGUAUGAGGAGAUCAGAGAGGAGGACAGAGGGAGCAGUUCUCCUCCUGCAGAAACAUCCACCAUUUACUCCUACGCCAAACCAAACCAACCGAACGGAGUCGAAUCCACAGACGAGUACAGCUUAGUCACUGCAGCCACUUCUCAGAAGGAAACUAAAGAUGACCCGGGUAAUCUCAACUCGGAGGUGGAUUCUUCCAACAGUGGCGCUGCCCCGCUCCACAGCGCCCCCUGUGGCUACACAGAUAACGCCCUCUACUCAGAUCCUCGGGUAGCACAGAUCUCCGACGUUAGCCACGCAGAAGACGCUUCACCUGCUCUUUACUCCACUGUUUCUUUACAUCAGAUGUAGCUUCAAAUCUGUCAUUUCCAAAUGUACUUUCUCAGUGACCGACUGAUGAACACAAAGCUGUGUAAUUAGGCAUUUCAAAUGUCAUCUGGUAAAUAACUUAAAGGUCUCCUAUCAUGCAAAAUGCACUUUGUAAUUUCCUCUAGGGAACUCACAAA